GUUUGGGUGUCUGGACCACAAAGCAGAAGCUUGUGAAACUGAACCUGCAUCUCAUUUAGCAGCAAGGCUUGGUGAGCCUGAAGUGUCUGACUUAGCUGAAAUUAGAAAUCAAGUUAGGGAUUCCACAAUUCCUUCAGAAAUGGAAGUCAGUGGCACACCGUUGGAACAUUCUGUUGGAGAAGCAGGGAAACAAAUGUCUCCUCUUUAUUCAACUGAAGCCAAAAAUGCCGUCCCUGAAAAGCCAAGAUUACCAUCUGUUCUUACAGAAGGAGAAAAGCAAGAAACAGAACAGUUGUCAUGGGACUAUUCAGACAAAGAAAAGGUGGAGGAUCAAUUAACCAUGCUUUUCCAAAAAAAGUCAGGCCAUCUUCCUUUGGUCCACAAAUCAGAAGGUCAAGAAACUGAACCUGCACCUGAUCUAGCUUCCAUGACACAGGAAAUCUAUAAAACUAUUGAAGAACCCUCUGGACCUUCAGAGUUUUCCUGUUUUAUGGUUGACAAAGAGCCCAAAAGAGAAGAGAAAUUAAAAUCAGACUUGGCAAGGCAAGCAGCUCAGACUCAGCCAUCUCUGACCACCUUGAUAGAAGCAAAACAUCCUGUUGUAUUUCACCUAAGAGACAAAGCAGAGACUCAGGUUGCCUCAACAGAAUCUUGGUAUCCAGAUUCCACACUCUCAAUUCCAGAUGCACAGGAAGAAGAGACUCAGCUACAUUCUACGGCACCAGCACAGUCAGAACCAGAACAUCUUGUUAUCUCUCAGUCCAUAAAAGCACCACAUGGACCUAAAGAGAUAUUGCUUCUCAAUGACAAAGUUACUGGGCCACUCAUUUCAUCAGAGCAGUUGCUAUCUACUUCAUCUCUUCUCACUGCCAGUGUGGAAAAGCAUGGAACACAGCCACCCUUGCUAAAGACUGCUGCACCAUUGCCUGAACAGCCAAACUCUGAUAUGCCUUGCCUGGUUCAACAAAUGAAAAAACAAAGCAAUCUGUCUGAUUCUACAGAGGUGACUCCUGUGACAGCAGAAGCAUCAUUUCCUACUGUGCCUUUCCAAAAUGCUGAAAUAACAAAAGAAGAAAACCAGUCCUUGUCACCCACAGAAGUUCUGUCAAAAGAAUUAGUAUCUAAAUCAAGGGAGCCAGAAGUUGCCACAGAUACAAAAACAGGGCAACUUUUUCCAACUUUGUCUGCACAACACCCAGGUGAAGAAUUGAAUUUAGAAAAUCAGCUGCACCCAGCUAAAAAAGCACAGUCAGAUUUUGAGAAACAAGAUAAAUCCUCUUGUGCAAUAAGUGAAGACCUACUGGCGCAUUCAUUGGAGUCUGAAUCAAAAAAGCAUUUUACACAGCAGAAUUCUAUUGUCUCAUCCCAGCUGGAAGGAACAACUCCGUUGCAUUCUGUCGAUGAAAUACAUAAGAACAUUAUGCAACCUGAUAAACCUACCACUAAGCCGUUGCAUCCUGAUUCAUUGCAUCCUGGUUUUGAGUCAUCACGGAUAGAUGCUAUUCAGCAGCAAACUCUUCAGCAUUUAUCACAAACACUUCUACCCACGGAACUAGAUACAGUGCAGUUAGGAGAAGAAAAGGAGAUACAUGGAAUCCAGUCCCAUUUGCCUGCAACCAGGCAGGCUUUAUCUCAGUUAGUUUAUUCAAUGGAUACGCAAGAAAAUCAAGGUAUUUCACGAACUGCAGCCCAGGAUACAGGACUUUUAAGCCCACAACUCAAUAAGGCUGAUGCAGAAGACAAUGGCAUUGCUGAUCCAGAAUCAAAGCACCUGGCAAAACAAGCAGUUGAACCUAUAACUGCACAGUUGGAGACACACCACACAAAUAGGAUGCACUUCAUGUCUGAAUUGGGAAAGCAUUUAGAUGUAUCCUUUCCAGUUCCAAGCACAGAAGGAGAAGGCCUUCCAAUGCCUAUAUAUGUAACUGCAGAAUCAGAAGAUGAACAGCCACUAUCAUCCAAAAAAGAGAGGGAAGAAACUGAAUGUUGUGCACCCAUAAUUCCAACAACCAAAUUAAAAGGUUCUGCUUCAGAAACACAGGGAAAUCAAAAUGAUUUGUCUAAUGCAUUAAAUGAGGCAUCUGGAUCACCACCAUUAAUUUUAUCAUUUGUUCCUGAUAAAACAAAGCCCCAGGCAAUACUUACAGAGUCAGUAGGAAGUUCAGUACCAGCCUCACAGCAAUCAAAUGUUCUUUCUUCAGAACCUACGGACAAAACUGAGAUAGGAAAAAAUAAUCUCCCUUUCCCUGAGUCUCAAGAAGUAUUGUCAGAUUUACCAUUCUUUACAACUUCCUCUAUAAAGGAGGUCAGGAAAGAACCACUGCAUUCAUCCAUGGCCACAAAGAUUGUGUCAGAGGAAUCUGGAUCCAUUCUAGAUGAUGCUACAUCUCGAGAAAUAAAUGAACGAUCUCCUUUUUCUUCAGCUUUGUCGGCAGAACAGGUUUCUGUUGAACCUAUUUCAUCUUAUGGUGCUUCUGAAGAAGAGAAACAAGUCUGGUCUCAUUCAGUUUUCAAUGAAGAACCAGUGGAUGUGGCUGCUGGGAAAGCAAAUAUGGAAGAUACACAGUCUCAUUUGCUUGUUAUUCCACAUUCUGAAAACAGGAGCCAGGAUAGCAAGCUACAAGGUCCUGUGGCAUUGCAGCCAGAGUUGGAAGAUUUGACUUUAUUGAAUUCCACUGAAGAAAAACCCAAGCAAGAAACUCUUCUAUGUUCACCUCCCACUGUACCUCAAGAAAUAUUAUAUCACCAGGAAGAAAAAGAAGAUCAAGAAGGAAUAACUUCUGAGAUUGAAUGUUCAAAGGAGCAGGAUGAUCCAUUAAAAGAUGACAAUUUCUUGCAACCAGUAAAAGAAUCACAACUGGAAGAAAUUCAACUUUACUGUUCUGUAACUCUUCAAGAUUCAUCCCAGUUGGCUGAUAUAAGUCCCCAAGAACAAGAGGAUUACUUGCCUACAACUGGAGAAGUGGAUUCUGGUGUUUCUAUAUUAUCACAGUUGAUGGAUGAUGCAGAGAAACAAGAAAUUCAGACAACAUGGUCUGAAGCUGCUCAGAUAGAAUGUAAACCAUCUGUUUUGUCAGUAAAUGAAAUGAAACAAGUCCAGCAUCCAUCAUUCACCACACCCCUGGAUACAAGGCAUUUAGAUUUAUCUGAUUCAAAAAAAUCAGAACUCUGUUCAUUUGAGGAACAAAAUCAGACUUCUGAACAAGAACCACUCAUUUCAUCUAUUCUCACUAAGAAAGUGAAAGAGACAGAAGAGAAUUCAUAUCCAUCUUUAGUCUCAACAUCUUUGUUGAGCCCAUCCAGCUCUGUUACAUUGGAUCCAGUUUAUGAAGAAAAGAAAGAAGAAAAGCAGCCUUGCACACCUAUAAUAGCAAAGGUGAUGCCAGAAGAACCCAUGUCAAUUGCUGCAUUCCUUCUUUCUGAGGCAAAAGUGAUAGAUAUUUUUUUUCCCCAGGCCUCAGAAAAACAGAAUUUAGAUACUCAAUCUCCUUUUGGGGAAGCUGACUUAAUAAAUGGUUCAACUGUCCUUCCUGAGAAAAAUGCAAUGACGGAGAGGAAAACUGAAUCUCCUCCAACACAUUUUGAAUCAGAACAUUUUGAAUCAGAGCCCCAGGUAGACAGGGUCAUUAGUACAGAACAUCUUUCAAAAACAAAAGAAACAGAGCAUUUGCCUAGCAUGGAGGGUACUUUGAAAGUGCCUGAAAACCAUUUAUGCAAAGAAAAGGAAUUCAAAGAUCAAGAGAAACUGAGAGAAGAAGGCAUAUCCACUCUUAAUCUUGACCAAGGAAAAGACACAGUUAAUAUUUCUGGAAGUUGUGAAGUUGUGAAAACGAAUGCUUCUCUCAUUUCCUCUGUUGAUAGAAAAAAGCUUAUACCAGAGGCAGUAGAAACCAUUUCAUUGUUGGAAACAAAAGCAUUUAAUGAUGCUAGAGAUGUGGUUGUUGAUAAUGAACCUUCAGUCUACAAACCAAGUGGAAAAUGUUCAGAGGACUUAAAGGUAGAUCACGCCGAAAAGACAGAAAAUGAAUCAAAGGAACUUGACAAAGAAAAAGAUAUCAAGGAAAGCACAGAAACUGAAAAAGAGGUUUGGGUUAUUCCAGAAAACAAGGAUGAUAGUAUUUUUAAUAACACCAAUAUUGAUUAUGUUGAAACGUACACUUUGAUUGAUAAUACAUCUUUCACCCAAACAGGAAAAGAAAAGUCUAUUCAGGAGGCUCAGAGACCAUUUGGUGAUAUAAAUAAACAAUAUGUGGAAGCUACAUAUCCAGCAGCAAACUCAGAGAAGAUUUUGGAGUUAUCUUUAUUAGAAAGAGACAAUGGAAUGAUAGAAAAAGAAAAUACAACAGCUACCCAUGAAGACAUUUCAAAAACAGCAAAUGAAAAUGAAAUGACUGAUGCUGUUAGGGAUGAUGAUAAAAACACAGAGCAUGAAUUUAACUUAGUAGAUACUAAUGCAGUCUUAUUUCAUUCUGAGAAAGAUGAGUUGUCCCAAUCUCCAGGUGCUUCCUUGCCAAUGGCUGAAGUAGACUCUGAGGUUCUAGAGCUGCCACCUGCCUUGGCAUUUUUAUGUAAAGAUUUAUAUGAAGAAGCAGUGGGAGAUUCUAAAAAACCUAGCCACAAAUGUAAAGAAGUGAAGGAUACUGAUCUGCCUUUUCAUAUUAAAGAUCAUGUUCCUGAUGAUGGUAUUGGAAUGUAUCUGGAGAAGGACAUUCCCAGAGAUUACACUCCAAAUAACAUGGAAGAAUCCAAGAAGGAAGACAUUUUAAAAGGUCAGCCUAUUAAUGAGGAAACUUUAACCCAACCAAAAGUCAUAGACGAUGUCUAUGAACCAAAUGAAAAAAUGUACGAGCCUGUAGGUAUUCAACCUGAUCUAUCUGCCCAAGUGGAGGAAUGUCCGAGUGAUAUACUUACAAACAGGGCAACUGAGAUUGUGAGUGACAUAAAAAUUGAGAUUUGUCAACCAACACAUGCAAUUCCUUUUGGAAGGGGGUUCUAUAGCUCAGGUGCCAGCAGUGAUGAUAGUGAUCAGAGAAGAGAAGAACAAUCCUUGUCUGAAGAGACAGGCCAAUUGGUACCAGAAGAAACAAGUGAUGAGGAGUCUAGUCCAAUACUUAAUUAUGCAGCAACUGUAUAUCAGACUGAACCAUCUGGGCAAGACGAAUCAAAGAAUGCUGCCGAGUUUGCAGUCACCCAAAAUCAACAAUCUGAAAUAACAGAAGUUCAUGGAAUGGAUGAAGAUGUAGUUGUAAAGCCUGCAGAAAAAAAUGCACAGUCUCUUGAAGUGUUCAGUCAUACUGAUAGGCAAAGUGAGAGACAACUAGAAGAUACAUACUUUUUAGCUGAGCCCACAGCACAAGAUAUGCAGGUUUUAGAUCACAAGGAUCUUCCAUGUUGGGAUACUGAAGUGCAAAAAUUUGAGAACAGAAUUGGAGAAAAUAAUGCCCAGGAUCUAACACAAUAUGACACCGAAACAGCAGACCAGUUAGCAACAGAAGCAAAAUCUGAUAAUCCAUUUGAGGAAGUUGACUAUUCUCUUUUGUCGCAUGAUUUUGAUACCUAUCCAUUAUACUCGAUAAAAGAGGAAGAGGACAGUGACAUUGAUGAAGAUCUAGCUGAGCUCUUGAACUAUGAAGUGGUUAGCCGUGAUGAUGUAUUUCAGGAAGAAGUCUCUUCAGAAACAGUGCCCGAAGAACUGUUCGAUGAUCAAAAAUCCCUAGAUUCCAUUAGUGAUACUUAUGAAUUUGUGAAUGAAAGAGAGGCAAGUAUGUAUACUGAAGAAAAAGGGGCUGAAUCCCUUGAUCUUGAAAUGCUACAAAGAAAUGUAUCAGAAUGUGAAUUUCUACAGAAAGAAGUUGAUCAAGCACAUUUGGAUACAUAUUGCUACCAGUGUAAACGUCCCAUCUCCUCUGAGGAUAAGCUUUUUGAGGAGCAUAAAUACCACAAUGUAGCUGAUUUGGGGACAGCUGUGACUGUGUUAAAGAGUCAGCUGGAUGGAUUCCUAGAUGUUUUGCAACAAAGAUCUUUGAAAAUUGAAGGAUGUGUCAGUGAAAUAGAGGCUUUGUUUAACACUCUCGAGGAAAACUGUAAGGAAAAAGAAAAGUUAUUAGAAGAGCAAAACGAAAAUGUGGUCAAGAUGGUAUUUGGUCACCAUGAUAAAAAGGCACAGAAUUUUGAAGAAGCAAAGAACACAAAAAUGGAAUAUCUUUAUGAACAGAUGGUUAAUUUUCAAGACUAUAUUGAUACAGCAAAGGAGACACUAGAAAUGAUAAUAAAUGAAACUGAAGAAAUUGAUGAUUUUGCUUUCCUAAAGUCAUCUGAAGAAAUAAAUAAAAGGUUACUUUCUGCUGUAGAAAAUAUUGUGACUUUGGAAAAGAUGCCUGCUGCUUUCUCACAGUUUGAACCUUGUGCAGGUGGCUUUACUAAUAGUGACAGGACUUUACAGCAUAUGCCUGUCCCACAUACUCCAAAAUUACAGCCUCAGGAUCCAAACUCAGCCACCAGCACAUCGAUUGCUGUGUAUUGGACUGUGAAUGAAGAUGAUCUCAUUGAUUUCUUCCAGGUUUAUUGUAUGGAGGAAUACCCAGGAAGCAAACAGCAAAGUGGCUUCAAUGAAGAAUAUCGUGUCAUCGUGAAAGAGAGUAACUGCAUUUUGGAGGAUUUGGAACCUGGUCACUGCUACAGUGUGUGGGUCAUGGCUAUAAAUUAUGCAGGAUGUAGUUUUCCCAGUGACAAAUCCAUAUUUAGAACUGCUCCCCCGACUCCUGAAAUAAAAUCAGAGGACUGCACUGUCUGCUGGGAUACUGCCACCAUCCGAUGGAGCACCAGCAACCUAGAAGCAACCGACUUUUUCACACUUGAGUUCUGCAGACAGUAUUCCCCUGAAGGAGAAGGACUCAGAUCUCUAGCUGGAAUUCGACAGCCUGAAAUAAAGGUUCACCUAGAAUCAAACAUAAACUAUUUCUUCUAUGUGAGAGCAGUUAAUGCCUUUGGAACAAGUGAACAGAGUGAAGCUGCUCUGAUUUCAACAAAAGGAACAAGAUUUCAGAUAAUGAGAGAAAUUGUUCACCCUGUACUGCAAGUAUCACCCAAUGGAACCAUGAUAAGCCUUCUGGAUGAUACUAACCUUGCUGGAAUCUCACCAGUAUUGGGUGAGCUCUUGCCUGCCCAAGGAUGGCAUUACUGGGAAAUCACUGUUAGCAGUUGUGGAGCUUACAAGGUUGGGAUCUGCUCUUCCAUGCUCCCAGAAAGUAGUGACUUGGGACAGAAGAAUGGUUCGUGGUGCUUACAUUGCUCCAGCAAAACAAGUUCUGUAUAUAAAGUACUCCACAAUGGCCAGAUGACUGAAAUUAUUGUGACUGAACAGCCUGCCCGGAUUGGCAUCCUGCUAGACUACAAUACUGGAACACUCCUAUUUCUCAACGCAGAAAGGGGGCAGGUGCUAUCUGCUAUCAAGUACAAAUUCACUGAAGCGGCUUAUCCUGCUUUUGUCCUGGAACAAUUGGGGUUUCUCAACCUGCAUACAGGCAUGGAACUACCAGAAUUUGUAAAGCAAAGCUGAACGUUCUCUUCUAAAUCACCUAUGAGACAAAAAACAAAAAGAAAAAGAAUUUGGUAAAAAGGCUUGGGAUGGACUUUUUAUUCAAUAGCCAUGAUUCAGAGAAAUGCUCAGAGAGUUCAGUGGCCUCUGUAAGCCCUUCUAUUCCCUUCUAUUCAGAAACACACACAAAUGCGCACUCACACAGAAACAUAGCAACAGAUCAAAAAAAGUCAGUUAUAUGGUGAGGAAGUUUUAAAAGCAGAUCAAAGAAGCUCCCCUUAGGAAAAAAACUGAGAGGCUCACAGAGCACAUGUCAUCCAUCCACUGGCCUCCAAGGCAUUUGGAUGGUGCCCAAAUACUUUCCCCCAGCUAUUUCUAUUCACUGGAAUCAUGUGCUCAAAGCUCACAUAGAAAUCCUAAAUAGAAUCUCACCACUUACUAUUUUUCAUGUACUUUGUUGUACGUUAUCAAAUCACUUUCUGCAGGAAAAUGUUUAUAUUACUAUAUUAAUAUUAAUGGUACAUUAAAAUAAUUUGAUUAAAUAUUGAUUAAUAUUAAUUAGUGUCCAAAGACAUGAUAUGCUCAUUUAACACCUAUUGGCUGAAGGGCACCAGAAACUUCUUUUGCAUUAGUCCCUUGGUUUCAAGCCCAACACAACUGGUAAGACCAAGCAAGCAACAACCACACAGAUUUCAGGAAGGUAUCUUUAAUGUCAGUUAGGAGUAAAUACAGAAUCUUGGAAAUGCAAAUAAGAACUUCCCACCUUCAUUUACAGAGCAUUAAUUAAAGUCAAGUUUCUCUGAGAAAUUUGAAAUGCACCUUCUCAGAUUUUUUUCCACUUGUGCUAAGUUUGCUAUUUAUGUGAUUAGCUAUCAACUGACUCAUCGGCUGUCUCUUGAUUGUUUAUGUCUUGGACAGAUCA